AAAGAGAGGAGAGAGAGAGAGAGAAUCAAAAGCAAAGCGAAGCAGCGCUCGAACCUUCGAAUCCUUUCGGAGAUAGAAGGGUUCGAACGGAGAAGUGGAAAAAAGAGGGGAGAAAAAAAAUACAAACCCUAACCUAAAAGAAUCCUCAAUAUAGAAGCAGAAUUUCCAUUUUUCCUUCUUAAAAUCUCCGACUAUCUCCGUUUUUCAAGCUCGAGCGAUUUUCUUGCUGCGAGUUAAAGAUUCACUCCGAAAUCUACGGUUUUAGUGCACUGAUUAGGGUUUACAAGAGUUUCCAUUGAUUUCCACGAGCAUGGUUUGGUUCGCAGUUUGUCUUUCAAAGCUUGAGUUUUGAGAUUGCAGUGGAAGGAAAUGUCAGGCCUUGAAGGUGUGGUUAUCCAUGACGAAAGAAAAGAGAGGAGAUCAGAUGUUGACAACUCGGAAGAUGAGAGAAGACGAACAAAAAUAGGGGCUCUCAAGAAAAAAGCUAUUAAUGCUUCAAACAAGUUCACACAUUCUCUCAAGAAACGAGGAAAGAGGAAAAUUGAUUAUCGAGUUUCUUCAGUUUCAAUUGAGGACAUUAGAGAUGCAGGAGAGGAGAGGGCUGUCAAUGCAUUCCGCCAAGAGCUCCUUGCAAAGGAUUUGUUGCCGGCUAGGCAUGAUGACUAUCAUACAUUGUUGCGAUUCUUGAAAGCUAGAAAGUUUGAUGUUGAGAAAGCAAUUCACAUGUGGGUGGAAAUGCUUCAGUGGAGAAAAGAAUUCGGAACAGAUACAAUAUUUGAGGACUUUGAGUAUGAAGAGCUGGAAGAAGUCCUGCAUUUUUACCCUCAGGGGUACCAUGGAGUUGAUAAAGAAGGGAGACCUGUCUACAUCGAGAGGCUUGGUAAAGCUGAACCAAACAAGCUUAUGCACAUCACUACAGUAGAUCGCUACUUAAAGUAUCAUGUACAGGAGUAUGAGAGGGUCUUCCGUGAGAAAUUUCCUGCAUGUUCAAUUGCGGCAAAAAGGCGCAUUAAUUCCACAACAACGAUCUUGGAUGUUCAUGGCCUGGGGACAAAAAAUUUAACCAAGUGUGCUUGGGACCUCCUUGCUGGCAUGCAGAAAAUUGAUUCGAAUUACUAUCCUGAGACAUUACAUCAGAUGUUCAUUGUUAAUGCUGGUACUGCUUUCAAGAUGGCUUGGAUGAGUGUAAAGAAAUUUCUUGAUCCAAAUACUAUGGAAAAGAUACAAGUGUUAGGAUCCAAAUUCCAGAGUAAAUUACUUGAAGUCAUUGACUCGAGUCAACUUCCAGACUUCUUGGGUGGGUCAUGCACCUGUUCUGUUGAAGGAGCAUGCCUUAGGUCUAAUAAAGGACCUUGGAAAGAUCCUGAAAUUAUGAAGCUUGUACACAAUGCGGAAGCAACAUUUGUAAGGGAAGUCACACUAAUAUCAGAUGGAGAACAGAGAACCAACUCCUAUACUAAGCUAAAACCAUUGAAGGGAAGAAGUAGUGAUACAUCAACAGCUGAAUCAGGAUCCGACGUCGAUGAUCUUGGUUCUCCCGCUAUUUUAAGGGGUGCUGGGUUUACACGAUUGGCCCCUGUUCGUGAAGAAUUGACACAGGCCAAGGUAACAGAUCCAAAUGCGUACUACAGCUGUGAUGACCAUUUUGCUGUGGUUGAUAAAGCAGUAGACUAUGGCCGAAGAGGAGCUGAACCUACAGAAAGACCAGCACUUUUCACUCAAAAUCAGGGCUCUCCAUAUAGAGGUGUGAUGUCUGGUUUGGAAGGUAAUUCGGUCAUCAGCAGACUCAAUACCAUCAAGGACGAAUCAGAUGAGAAAAGUUUCUCAUGCCUUCUGAGGUGGCUGACUGUUUUCCUGAUCAAAGUAUUGGUAUUCUUCCGCAUCUUACUUGGAGCAUUCGAAAGUAAGAAGGAUAGCCUCCUUCCCUCAAACUCAUCAGAUCCCGAUCCUGACAGCCAUCCUGCAGCAGAGGCUGUCAGGGAAGACAGAGUCCUCCCAUGUUUAGACCGCCUUCAGAGGCUUGAGAAUAUAGUGGGCGAGCUCAGUACCAAGCCCAUUGAGAUUCCUUUGGAUAAAGAGCAUAUGAUCCUGGAGUCCUUGGAUCGGAUAAAAAACAUUGAAUUUGAUCUUGAGAGAACAAAGAAAGUGUUGCAGGCGACAGUGAUGAAGCAGCUAGAGAUCACAGAGUCAUUGGAGAGCCUACAAGAGCCAAAACCUCAGCGAAGGAUGUUCUGGGGAUCUUGAGAUGACACCAUCGCCAGUAAGC